GGUUGCCUUCUCCUCGCUUUCUUUCUUCGGCUUCCAGUAGAUCUAGGAUUUGCAGUCAUCAGCACCGUUCUCCAUCGUUUUCUCUGUUUUUCAAUUGGAAUUCCUCCUUAAUAAUUCUGUUAAUUUACUUUGUUCUACUUAUAUAUGGUAGUUGAGAUUUUAUUCUUUAAAAUGUUUGCGUCUGCCUGGGCCUACGAAUUGAUUCGGUGCUGUCGAAGGCUGACCUUAGAAGUUUGAGCUGAAAUUUAAUUAUCGACCCUCAAAAAUCAAAAUAGGCCAGAGGGAAGAAACGUAAUUCCUUUGCUAGUUUCUGUCCUUACAAUUGAAUUGGAAAGUUAAUAUUCCAGGUUAGCAGUUUUGCCCAUGUUUCUUUUUGCGUUGUAUUUCAAGGGUUUCUGCAUUUUACUUUUACGCAAUUGAUGCUCUUGUCUGGAAUGAACUCCUUCUUUACUGCUAUUUGCUACCCCGGUGAUGCACUAAUUUUUAAGAUGGAUUCUUAAGAGGAGUCGUUCGUUUUGAACAAAUCUUUGUCCUCCAGUCCAUCUGGAUGGUCUAUAUUUUUAAUAAAAACAUAUUUUUAACAUAUCUAAACCGUUCCAAUUACAGAGAAUGACUGAUUGAAACAAUUCCAGGCAAGUUCUAGAGCAUCACUCUUUGCUCUGUCAUAUCAUAUCUUCUGUUUAAGUCAGCAGUAAUGUUCUAAUUAGAAGAACCAUGAAGAAGAUCGAGUUUAGUUUGAUAAAAUAAUUUAAACUUCCAUUAUUUGAAGUAGUUAUUGGGAUCCACAGGACGCUAGACCGUUCGUGUGGUGGAGUUUAUGGGACAGACCAGCAGCUUCUUUCCUAGAAGUCUUGGAUGAUGCAUCUAGCUAAUUGUUAUUUUGUUGAUCUCUACUCUUAUGCGUUAAACUCCAUUUGCUAUGGCAACUGUAAAUGACCUGCGGCUUGAACGUUUUAGUAAGUUGAAUUGGAUUUCUCCGCAAUGCAGGAAAAUGGGACUGUGGACAAUACUUGAGGGGUUCUUGCUUCUUGCAAAUGCACUAGCAAUACUAAAUGAGGAUCGGUUUCUUGCUGCUAGAGGAUGGAGCUUCUCAGCUUAUACAGGUGACAGGGCAAAAUCAUUCAAAGGCCAGCUCAUCGGCCUCAUAUAUGCAACUCAAUACCUGAGAGUUCCUCUUGUACUUCUGAAUACCAUCUUCAUUAUCGUAAAGUUGGUUUCUGGAUGAUGCCUAGCAAGGUUCACAGAUUUGCAUCGAAAGAUUCAAGGACGAUUUUCUUUGAUGGGUGACUAUUUCUGUGGGUAGCAAUUGCUAUUAAAGUGUUUGUUGUAGUUGAUUGAUUCUUUUAUUCAUGAAAACUAUGAUGUUUACCAGUUACUUAGGUAGGAAUUGGAGACAUAGUGACUUUUUCUGGGUGUUAUAUUCCCUUUUUUUUUUUUUUAAUAUUAAGCCGUCAGUUCUCGAUUUAUUGUAUUGAAGUAUUUUAUGUAAAUGAUUUAGAUUGAUAA